CUUCUUCCUCAUGCUGCGCCCAACUUCUCGUCUCUUGUCUCUUUCUCAAACUAUCACUCCUCGACCUUCUAUCCUUUCCAGACCUCAAUUCCUCCCUCGCACCAUGUCUAUGUCUACCAUCUCCGCUAAGGACGCCUGCCCUCCUGCUGGCCCCUACUCCCAGGCCAUCCGUGCCAACGGCCAGAUCUUUGUCUCCGGCCAGAUCCCCGCCGACGCCUCCGCCAACCUGGUCGAGGGUAACAUCGGCCAGAAGACCCAGGUCUGCUGCGACAACAUCAAGGCUAUCCUGACCGCUGCCGGCUCCGACGUCUCCAAGAUCGUUAAGGUUAACGUCUUCUUGACUGAUAUGGCCAACUUCGCCGAAAUGAACGCCACCUACGAGAAAUUCUUCGUUCACAAGCCUGCCCGUAGCUGUGUUGCUGUUCACCAGCUGCCGAAGGGUGUCCCCGUUGAGAUUGAGUGCAUUGCUCUGGAGUAAAUUUGAGGGUUUGUUCUUUGGAAUGAAUACUUUUCACCAGAUACAAUGGAAACUUCAG